GUUAUAGUGGCAUUGGUGUGUUCUAACCCAUUAUGCAGGGGACAUUGUUCGAAUUGGUCCGAAUGAGGUUCGUUAGUCCACCGAUAUUCUAACUAUCGUGCCUUAACAUGUACAGCUCCAUUUUGGGAAUAUAUGCGCUUUCCACGAAAUUUACAAUGGUACCAAGAGAUGGGACAAAGAUGAAUGUCUCUACCGAACCCCUGGUCUUCAGUCUGGGUCGUUUGUCUUCCUCAAGUAUGAGGAAGCAAAGCAAAGGCGGGAUGUUCUUCAGCCAAUGUUUUCUAAGAAAGCCAUUUCCAACAUUGAGAGCCUCGUGUGGCGAAAUGUACGUAGUACCUCCCGAUACAAGGUGUGCAUAGAAGCUAACUCUACAGGCUAAUACUCUUGCCUCCGCAAUAACCAAAGUCAAUAGCACGGGGAGGUCAAUCGACUUGCUGUAUGCUUUCCGCUCCUUCACUCUAGAUACUAUCAUGUGUUUCACAUUCGGCAACAGCGUAAACGCUCUAGAUGCACCGGGCUUCAAGGAUCCAUUGAUCAUCGCAAUGGAUGCGAGUUUGCGUGCUAUCCCUCUUCUGAAGAACUUUCCACUCAUCCGCAAAUUGCUCCACUCGUUACCAACGGGCCUGAUCAUGAGGGUUCUUCCAGACCCCAAUAAUGUUGCUUCUCGAGUCUGCAAUGCGCGUACGAUGAUUGAAGAAGAGCUAACAGAGGUUCUACGGAGCCCCAGAAAGCUCGACGAUGCUCCGCAUCAAACGAUCUUUCACCGGAUGCUGGAUGCGAAGGCUCACCGCAGCAGGGCUAUCUCAAACUAUGCCACACUUCUGGAUGAAGGUAUAACCAUCAUCUUUGCCGGCGGAAACACCGUUGCGGACACCUUGCUCGUAGGCCACUGGAACCUUCUCAACCAGGCCCACACGCUCGCACGUCUCAAAUCUGAACUGCUCACGGUGUGGCCUGACCUCCAACAGCCUCCUAGUCUGAAGGAGUUGGAAGAAUUACCGCUCCUCACAGCAACCAUUAAGGAAUCCCUUCGUCACCUCCCAAUGGGCGCCUCCCUGCCACGUGUUGUGCCCCCAACUGGAGCAAUGAUAUCGGGCGAGCAAAUCCCGCCAGGGACGACAGUCGGUAUGGCUAUCCUUCACGUCCAUCAGUCCGAGAAAGUGUUCAAAAAUGCCUCGAGUUUCAUCCCAGACCGAUGGUUGGAAGACGGCGCCGGCGAGCUUGAGCAAUGGCUAGUGUCAUUUAGUCGGGGUCCGCGGAUGUGCUUCGGUAUCAACUUAGCCUGGUGCGAAUUAUACGUGGCUUUCGCGACGAUGAUCCGUCGGUUCGAUAUGACGGUCGACCAGACCACAGCGGAGGACAUGGAGUGGAGAGAAUGCAUAGGAGUUUACUACUCUCGGCGACAUCUGCAUGCAUGGUGUCAGCCCGUUGUACGUUGAGGGUAGUACGUUCGUCCACGUGGCCUGCAUGCCAAGCGGAGGAUCCAAGGAUUUAUGAGACAUUGGUCUUGCCAGUCGUUCCCUAUAGGGGACACUUGGCUAGUCUGGGCGGGCGAUUAGCACUAUGGUCGGAGCCGGUGGUUUUGUGGGAACUUUCUUGUAGGUUGGGGGGGGGGGG